AUGUUGUGCUUGGACAUAAAGCUAGUCUCUCGUUUACGAGGAGUCUCGUUGAUGAGUGGCUCGUCCACGAACAGAAAAGAGAGUUCGACUGGAAACGGGAGCUCGAUGACGGAGAGCGACACUGACGAGGAAACGCUGCCAGCAGCACACGAGAUCAUCCGCAGGAAUAGGUCCAGAUCGGUUUGCGUAUCCGCCUUGUCCUCUGCUCACUCGAGAUAUCUCCAUCGACGAGCUAGUCAUCAUGUCUCCACCACGGACGCCAUUUCCAGGCGUGGCGUUCUCUCCAGGCGAUACUAUGGCAGCGUCGAAAUGCUGCCGCAGAUCGAGCAAGACGGCUCUGACAAUGGUAGAAGAUUUCGAGUGGAGAACGGCGAUUCCCCUGGCGAGAAAGAGGAAAUGUUCGGAUCGCCGAGUACGCCGAUAUUGGAGAAUCCCGAAUAUCAGACGCGUUGGUACUUCAAGUACUUUCUCGGAAAACUGCAUCAAAAUUACAUAGCUGCAGAUCUAGAGAGAAAUCCUUUGUUCUUGUCGGUUGUGACGAGCGAAGGCAGUGACCAAAGUGUACCACAUUAUAGAGUAAUUUUGUGGAGGAAAACCGGUGCACAGAAGAUAUCGUUGCCGUACUCCGCGAACAAAACGAUGACAAUCAGGCAGAUUCUCAGCAACUUUUUUGGACUGGACAAACUCGACAAAGCUCCGCGUGAAAUUUUCUCCCCGGAUAUACAAAAGGACUUAUUGUUGCUGGAGGAACAAGAAGGUUCUGUGAACUUCAAGUUCGGUGUGAUAUACGCGAGAAAUGGACAAACCACCGACGACGAGAUGUUAUCUAAUGAAAAGGGUAGUCCAGGUUUUGACAAGUUCCUCGAAAUUCUGGGCGAAAGGAUACAACUGAAGAACUGGGACAAGUAUCGAGGUGGCUUAGACGUAAAAGGCGAUAUGACUGGGAAGGAAAGUUAUUACACGGUAUACGCAGGACACGAAGUGAUGUAUCAUGUAAGCACAAUGCUUCCUUAUUCGAAAGACAACCCGCAACAGCUGGAGAGAAAACGCCAUAUCGGCAACGAUAUUGUUAACAUCGUUUACACCGAUGAUCCUAACGCUAUAGACACUUUCAACCCAAACUGCAUCAGGAGUCAAUUUACGCAUGUAUUUGCCGUGGUGUCAACUGAGGAAAAUGGCAAAGGAUGGCGUGUAGCCAUUUAUUGCGACGAAAGCGUUCCUCUAUUUGGACCAAGCCUUCCCUGUCCACCUGUGUUCGAAGAUCCGUACGCCUUACGAGAAUUUCUUCUGGUAAAGCUGAUAAACGGUGAAAAGGCUACGUUCAACACUCCAACGUUUGCCCAGAAGAGAGAGAGAACCCUGGAUGCCCUCCUCCGGGAUAUGUAUCAAGAACAUUCACAGGACAGUAAGAGCAACAGUAUGUUAAACCGACGAGCAUUGUCGGAUGUGGUGGAGGCUCCAGGUCGACGUCGCGAGGAGACGCGUGCUGUGGAAAUGGUGCGCGUGGGCCAGGCUCUGAAACUGGAAGCCAUCGUCAGAGGUCUGGCGCCCACUUCCUUGGCCACGGCUGGCCCCUUGAAGCCCAGGCCAUGGGAACCAAGGUGUAUCUAUCCGGACUUCCCUCACGAGAUUAUCUGUGGACACGUUUGGCUGGACAACAAGCUAAUUCUUGUCAGCGAAAACGGGACUUUCUUGGUUGAAGACAGCUUGUCGCACAGAUUAAUCUUCGACGAGUCCGUGCAGAUCAAGCAGCUGGACGUAAUCGAGCAACACGGAAUACUAUUGUUUCGUACUGGUGACAAAGGCAAGGAAAGCAACGUUUAUAUAUUUCGUCUAAGGGAAUUCGAGAACAAUUCGAGCAAUAGAUCUACGGAAGUAUUAAAUGAUCGUGAAGACGAUCAGGAAUACGAAGAGAAUGGUGAUGAGGACGACAUGGAUGAUGACAUCGACGAGAGUGAUAACGAUAUCGAUAAUUUCACACGAGCCAACGCGAAAUUCAAACCCGUGAUACGUCGCACACGUAUUCGUAUGCGUCCCCUGGCUGUUAGAGGAAGAGCACACAUCAAGGAAAGAAGACUAGCCAGAACUCGGGGUUGCCAUUUGUAUACCGUUACGAUGCCUGGUGGUUCCCAUCUGCGCAUGUGUGUGGCAGUUGGACGUCGUUUAACGGUUCUCCAAUGGAAACAUAGUGCUGCUUGGACCGCAUGGUGUUCCGCCGCAGACACAGACACCGUUGACGGUUUUCUGUUUUUGAAAGAGUUCAAUGCCAGCGAAACUCCAUCAUUGGUAACCAUUAUUGAGAACACUGAUUCAAACAAUGAGUGGACACUUUGCUGCGGUAUUCGACACCACUUCGAACUCAUCUCAGCCUCUGGAAGCACCAGAAUACUCCAUAUCGAGGGAACCCCAAAGCCACACCUAGUAGCAGCUUUGGAUCUCUGCGAGGACGAGGAACCUGAACUACUACUUUGUUAUAACAAUACAUGCCACUUUCAAAAGCUCAUAGAAGAGAGUACCGCACCAACGGAAUUCGACUUCAACUGGAAUUCCGUGCCAGCAGCAAUAGCCUGUGCCUUCCCCUACGUGAUAGCCUUUACUAACGACACUAUGGAGAUACGAUUGAUAAUAAAUGGAAAUUUAGUACACACGAUCGCCAUGCCGAAUCUGAAUCUAAUCACCUCGAAGCAGGACAUCUUCUUCGCAACGACAGCUCCGGAGUUUCUACCGGGGAAAUGUGAAAGAAUCCGACUGGAUUCGAAGCCUUUGGACAAAGAGGAACCGAUUUCCAGUCCGCCCCCUUUCGCGCAAUCCUCCUCAUCCUCCCGAUCUAACUUGCACAACAGUCAGAGCGACUGGAAACCGAUAAGGAUCUACCAGAUACCGUUGCAAACGUUAUCAAGAAGUACUUUAGCAACCUGCACGCAACGACGGUGUCCUAGUCCUGCAGAACCAGAAAUCAUCUCCGCGCCUCCAACCACCGACAAGAGUUUCUUGAGUGUCGAGCCUCACAGAGCACUGAGCAGAUCAUGCAGCAGCAGCCCGACACCAACGCCGACAAACCUGAUGCCGCCGCCGCCACCGCGGUUCAGAAAAUAGAUUAAGAUCGCGAUCGAGAUUUCAUUAUCGAUGUUUCGAGAGAUCGCAGCUGUACCUGACGCUCGUGCCUCGGUAGGAUCGACGAUAUGGAUAGAAUGCACGAUUCUGCGUUUAAAGUGUAGUUAGAAUUUACUGCCGUUGCAAAGAGCAAUCCAGACAAAUUUGCUAUAAUAGAGGACGUAAUCGUAC